AUGUGGACACUCCAGCAGCCCAGGAGGGGUCUGGGCAGGGAGAGAGACCACACCAAGCUGCCAACCACGGGACUCACUUUCCAACCCGGGCCUGGCAGGGUGGCUCCCGCAAAGAAGGACGGAGAGAAGGGCCGUUCUGCCAUCAACGAGGUAGUAACCAGAGACUACACCAUCAACAUUCACAAGUGCAUCCAUGGAGUGGGUUGGAAGAAGCAUGCCCCUCGGGCACUCAGAGAGAUCCGGAAAUUUGCUAUGAAGGAGACGGGAACCCCAGAUGUGCGCAUCGACACCAGGCUCAACAAAGCUGUCUGGGCCAAAGGAACAAGGAAUGUUCCAUACCGUAUCCAUGUGCGGUUGACCAGAAAACGUAACAAGGAUGAGGAUUCACCAAACAAGCUCUGUACGUUGGUUACCUAUGUACCUGUCACCACUUUCAAAAAUCUACAGACUGUUUUUUUUUUUUAAUUUUUUUUUUUUUUUUACAUUU